AUGGCAGCAGGUGGUUGGAAGAGAGAACUGUGCAAUCUGAUUUCCACAGGCCUCCUGGACCACAAGACCUUCAGAUAUCUUUACCAGGACAACAGCUUUGGCUUCACUGAAGAUGGUCAUCACACCAAGCUUUUGCAGAAGAGGCUCCAAACACAUGUAGACCUUGUGGUGAAGCUCCUUGUGAAAAGGAGCUCUUCUCUUGCUGCCCAAUACCUGAGACCACCCUUUAGAUAUGCACCUUUGUUGGAUCACUCCAAACGCAAGGUGAUGCAGGAGAAGAUCCAGUCUGACUGGACCAAGAUCCUGGGCAAAGAGGCAGAAUUUGAAGCUGGGCAUGAGGUUCCAGCACUUGAGCUCAUUCAUGUGUUGAAGGCCAGCUUUGUCAGACUUUUCUACCUCAUGAAUGAACAGGACUUGCAGAGCAAGUCAGUGGAGCCUGCAGCAUUAGUGAUGAUGGGGGUUGCCUGCAGGCUGAGCAAGGAGUUCCAACAGAUGAUGGCAUACAAGAGUGGACAACACUGGUGGCCUGCCACCACUGCCCAGUCCCUCUUCAAUGAGGUAU